AUGCAUGAGGCGGAGUGCAGUGCGUUCGCGGCGGAUCAGAUGGUUGCGAAAUACGUCGAGGCGGCGCACGUCCCUGGGUCCCUUUGGCACUACCUUGCCCCUUGGACGCACCCGGCGGAUCUCGACGACAGCGCAUCGCCGCGCGCCAUGCCACUCACAGCGACAGACCCUCGCUCCGGGCACUACGAAGCGCCAAACCCAGGACAGGAGCGCGCUCGUUGUGGCCCUCGCCCGGAACUCCGCCCAUCCGCGUUGCCCCGCCCUGUAUCCCCACCAGCAACACUGCCUCCCCCGCCCCGCCUCCGCCUCCGCCUCCGUCUCCGUCUCCCUUCCCCAGAUGACCCUGCAGACAUCGGCGCAGAGGCAUCGCGAGUCACUAGACACCGAAUGGCAAGGGUGGAUCAGAUGUCCUGUUGGGUGUCUACUGCUUCCGAUAUUGUCGCAGGACAAUGGCACCUCUUCCUGCCCGUCGCGAUACUUUGCUCCUCGCUGAUCUUCCUGCCUUGGAGGUCAUCCCCGGCUGAGAAAAACAAAGGCGAUGUUGACUCCGACAGCACCGUUGCGGGGAUCAUAGACAAAGAAUACGUGACGGAAGUGCCUUUCCACGUCGGCGAGGUGCGCGUCUCGAGGAUCUUCGUACAUCCCAUUAAAGUGCAGCUGCCGCGGGACGUCAGUGUCGCAGGCUCGUUUCACGCCCACAAGUCUCGAGGUGAGCGCGAUUCCACGAUCGACUGCAGGAAACCGCACAAGAAACCGCUGCGUUCUUCUGCAGCCCUUCCGCUCAGACAGAGCGGGAGCGGUGUUUCCAGCAACAUCGGCCUGAACAGCGUUCACCAGAAUGACCGAAAGUGGUGUAUCGUCGACGCACAAACUAAAGCUAUCAUCACCGCGAGAGAGUUCCCCAAGAUAGUACUCAUCAUCCCACGGCUUGAUGUCGAUUCCUCUUCAUCACACGGUGGGAGCCUCACUAUAUCUUUCCCGAAAGAAUCGGGAUGUUCGGAAUUCAGCGUGCCCAUCGCGCCAACGCCUGACAUGCUCCGCAAGUGGGAGGUACUAGAGGGCUGCAAGAUGCACAGAGUCAUCGUCAUGGACGGAUAUGUCUCCCAGUCUAUCUCCUCGCCUCCGCACACACCCACCAAGACACUGUCCGAAUACUUCGGCAAGCCGGUGCAUCUCCUGAUGAAAGGUCCGACUCCGCGUGAAUGCGUCCCGACUAGUGCGUUCCCCGACCUCAAGGCGACCGCCUUGUAUACCGACGGGUAUCCCCUGCACGUCGCAAGCGAAGAAAGUCUUGCCGAGUUCCAGCGCGUAGUGCAGGGAUUUGCGAGCAAAGGGCAAGACGCCGCCAUUGGCGGCUUGGACCACGAACGGUGGAGCAAAGGCGCGGUCGAGAUGGAGCGAUUCCGUCCCAACAUCGUCUUCAAAGGCGCAGGCGUGCCUUUCGCCGAAGACUUCUGGCGCACCGUCGUCCUCCAUUCGUCCGGUCCGACCGCCAGCUCGGAGCUCACGCUCCUCUCCAAGUGCACACGGUGUCUGCUCCCAAACGUCGACGCUCACACCGGUGUUCGGGACGCAGCAGUUCCCUUGAAGGUUCUGUUCAAGUUCCGCAUGGGCAAAGCCCGGGAGAAUACGAAGGGGGCGUGCUUCGGAUGCAACGGGAUGCUGGACAGGAGCGGCGUCGUGAAAGUGGGUGACCUCGUGACGGUCAAAGAGUGGACAGAUCUGGGGGGUGUAUGA